AGAAGACGGAUGAAAUGCACGCAAACAAAUGCAGCCUAUCUCUUUUAACGAGAUGAUGUUGAAACCGUGGGAGGCCUACAGUUUGUUCAUGUUUUUGAGGAGCGGUGACGGCCCAGUCGUUCAUUCUGACCGCUGGCCGAAGCCCUGGGACGUGCUGCUGGUGCAGGACACGCGCAUCUUGACGCUCUGAAAGGUCCUCGGAGCUAUCUAACUGCCACCAUGACUGACCGCUUUGACUGUUACUAUUGCCGCGACAACCUGCAUGGGAAGAAGUAUGUGAAGAAGGACGAGAAGCACGUGUGCACCAAGUGCUUUGAUAAGCUCUGUGCCAACACUUGUGUAGAAUGCAAACGCCCCAUCGGUGCCGAUGCCAAGGAGUUGCACCACAAGAACCGUUAUUGGCACGAGGACUGUUUUCGCUGUGCCAAGUGCUAUAAGCCGCUGGCGAAUGAGCCGUUCAAUGCCAGGGAUGAUGGCAAGAUCAUGUGUGGCAAGUGUGGCUCCCGCGAGGACGGGAACCGGUGCCAGGGCUGCUACAAGGUGGUCAUGCCAGGAUCGCAAAAUGUGGAGUACAAGAAGAAGGUGUGGCAUGAGGAAUGCUUCACCUGCAUUGAAUGCAAGCAGCCGAUCCGUACACAGAGCUUCCUGACCAAAGGGGAUGACAUCUACUGUUCCCCCUGCCACGACAAGAAGUUCGCCAAGAAAUGCCACCUCUGCAAGCAGCCAAUUACUUCUGGAGGGAUCAGCUACCAGGACCAGCCUUGGCACACAGAGUGCUUUGUGUGCCGUACCUGCCGCAAACCCCUGGCAGGAACCCGUUUCACCUCCCACGAGGAUGGCGUCUUCUGUGUGGACUGCUACAAGUCUGACGUGGCUAAGAAGUGUCACGGCUGCAAGAAUCCCAUCACAGGGUUCGGCCAUGGCACCAACAUGGUGAACUACGAGGGGUACUCCUGGCAUGACUACUGCUUCAACUGCAAGAAGUGCAGCCUCUCCUUGGCCAACAAGCGCUUCGUCAUCAGCGGAGAUCAUAUCUACUGCCCUGACUGUGCCAAGAAGCAGUGAAACUCGACCAACAAUCAGCAUUUAGAGGGGUAUUACAGCAAAAUUGAUUUUCAAAUAAUUACUCUGUAAAAGAGCAAAAUUUAUUACUAGCAUUUACCCAAAGAUUUUUUUUUAGUUUUCCAGUUUUCAAUUUAUAGAGGCUAUGGAAUCUCUCUCUCUCACACACACAAACACACACAAAAUUCAGCUACUCUUGCAAAAUAGCCUCAGAUGCUGUGGAAAAUACCCUUUAGCCUGAUCAGGAUCCUGAUAGAGCAUACAUGUGAAGGCUGAGGUUAUUUCAAAAACUAAGCAUAUAAAAUAGGCCAAAUGAGUUAGCUACUUCCAAGUAAAUAUUGGAUACUAACAUGCCAGAUGACUCUUUGUGGUGGGCUUGUAAUAUGCAGUAUUAAUCUACUAUAAUCCAGAUUUCUGUGCAGCCUUAAAAGGCAAAGACCUUCUCAGUACAUUACUGGAAAUGUUCAAAGAGAAUGUGCUUUUUACAUGCAUAAUGGCGCUCAUACAUACAAACUUUGACAAUCUGCAAUAUCUUUAAAUAUUUGAAUAGAUUACUAUGUGAAAUUUAGGAAAAUAUUCAGUGCAAAAUUUAGAUAAAGUAGGUUUUUGUAGAGAGAUCAAUGCUGAAAUAUAGACUUGUAUAUUCGUUGCUUUUUGGGGUGAACUGUAUCUGGAAUUUGAAUGCAAAACAUAAAUAAAUACGAGGAGGCAGAAAACUGAAGCGUCCAUG